CAACUUAAAAAAAUUGUUACUAAGUAGAUAGGCCUGUGCAAUUAUUGUGGCAAUAAAGAUGAUCUACUGUUUGUAAAUUGUACACACUUACGGACUGUCUGGAAAGCUCCUAUAUCGCAUUUCGCUCUCUUGUUAGUAUUUACGUUAGUAGCAAACUUUAAAAGUGUCAAGAAGAUAAAUGAUGGAUUAGAUUGUAUUAAUUUCUAUCACUUUUAUUAUUUUAUUACCAUAUUAUUCUAGUUUAUUGCUAUGAAUAAGUAUUACACUCGUGAUUGAUGAAACCUAUAAAAACAAAAGAGACUUCGUACGCUUUGCAGUGCAAAAACCAACCAUGAAGAUACUGUGUUUGCUUUUUGCACUCGCCUCAAGCGGUUUAUGCCGCAUCUAUCACCCCGAAGAAAAUGACAUUAACUACAAGAGGUUCCAAACGCUGAUAACGAAACAAGGAGAUAUCGAAACUAUAGACCUCAUGCAAGUGACAGUCAGAGUUGUAGAAAGUGACGUUUCGUAUUAUCUCUACACCAAAACCAACAUCGAUGCUCCUCACAGCAUCAAGAACAGUAACGCAGAAGAACUUUCCAAUUCGCCGCACUUUGACCCUUCGAAAAAAACCUUCUUCAUCAUUCAUGGAUGGGUCGACGACUACACCGCCGACGUCAACAGCCUAGUUAAAGCAGCUAUUUUGAAGAAGAUCGACAUUAACAUCAUCGUCGUCGACUGGAGCCCAGUCGCCAGUCAAAGUUAUGGAACGGCGCAAGGCGCGGUCAAUAAUAUCGGGAGCUUCGUGGCUAACUUCAUCAAUAACAUGAUCGACACUUACAAACUAUCAGGCAGUCAAAUUACACUGAUUGGACAUAGUCUUGGUGCACACGUUGCUGGAAACGCUGGCGCUCUGAUCAAAAGCAAAGUAUCUCACAUCAUAGGGCUUGACCCAGCAGCUCCAUAUUUUACCGUCGACAACACGAACAACCGUCUGGACCCAACCGACGCAGACUAUGUCCAAAUCAUUCACACAAAUGGACGUUUCCUUGGCUUUUCUAGCUCCAUAGGACACGCCGAUUACUAUCCAAAUGGUGGAAUGAUACAAGCUGGAUGUGGAAUUGAUCUUCUUGGAGGUUGUUCGCACGCCAGAGCUUUCCAAUACCUCGCUGAAGCUAUAGAAGGGGGAAAAUUCACGGCCGCUUUAUGCGGAAGUUAUACAGAUUUUCAAAACAAGAAGUGUGCGAAUAACAAUAAGGCGCUUUUGGGGACUAUUGAGGUCGACAAGAGUGUUGUUGGAGACUUCUUCCUGGAUACGAAAACUGCACAACCUUACGCUCAAGGGUAGAUGCUUUUAACAAUGGAUACGAUACGAUUAUUCUAUUACUUUAGCAUGUAAAAAAUGUGUCUUAGGUAUAAGUAGAUUAAGGUCUGGCAUUAAUAAAGUUUACCUAUAAAGUAGAAA